AUGGAGAAUAAGGGCACCUCCUUCUGGGACACUGUAAAGUCCAUGGAGAAUAAGAGCCCCUCCUUCUGGGACUCUGUAAAGUCCAUGGAGAAUAAGAGCACCUCCUUCUGGGACACUCUGAAACAGGCUGGUGGCCUGGGGUUGAAACAUACCUCACAGCUGAAACAGGCUGGUGGCCUGGGGUUGAAACAUACCUCUCAGCUGAAACAGGCUGGUGGCCUGGGGUUGAAACAUACCUCACAGCUGAAACAGGCUGGUGGCCUGGGGUUGAAACAUACCUCUCAGCUGAAACAGGCUGGUGGCCUGGGGUUGAAACAUACCUCUCAGCUGAAACAGGCUGGUGGCCUGGGGUUGAAACAUACCUCUCAGCUGAAACAGACUGGUGGCCUGGGGUUGAAACAUACCUCACAGCUGAAACAGGCUGGUGGCCUGGGGUUUAAACAUACCUCACAGCUGAAACAGGCUGGUGGCCUGGGGUUGAAACAUACCUCUCAGCUGAAACAGGCUGGUGGCCUGGGGUUGAAACAUACCUCUCGGCUGAAACAGGCUGGUGGCCUGGGGUUGAAAAAUACCUCUCAGCUGAAACAGGCUGGUGGCCUGGGGUUUAAACAUACCUCACAGCUGAAACAGGCUGGUGGCCUGGGGUUUAAACAUACCUCUCAGCUGAAACAGGCUGGUGGCCUGGGGUUUAAACAUACCUCUCAGCUGAAACAGGCUGGUGGCCUGGGGUUGAAACAUACCUCUCAGCUGAAACAGGCUGGUGGCCUGGGGUUGAAACAUACCUCUCGGCUGAAACAGGCUGGUGGCCUGGGGUUGAAACAUACCUCACAGCUGAAACAGGCUGGUGGCCUGGGGUUUAAACAUACCUCUCAGCUGAAACAGGCUGGUGGCCUGGGGUUGAAACAUACCUCUCAGCUGAAACAGGCUGGUGGCCUGGGGUUGAAACAUACCUCUCAGCUGAAACAGGCUGGUGGCCUGGGGUUGAAACAUACCUCUCAGCUGAAACAGGCUGGUGGCCUGGGGUUGAAACAUACCUCUCAGCUGAAACAGGCUGGUGGCCUGUUAUCAAAUAUCAAAUCUUAUUUGUCACAAUAG